AUGAACGCACCGUGUUCUCAACCAGCCCUUCUAGCUGGGCGUGACGGCGCGAGCCCCAGCGACACUGCUCACCUUUUCUCCUCCUUUCCAGAAAAAAAGGGUCCCUCCUCCCUCCCCGGGGCGCUGGCCCAGGCAAGGUGUCGCUCUCCGCGAUGGGGAAACCCGCCUGCCCGCCCGUUUGGCCCGGAGCCACCCGCCGAGAAGCCCGUCCCUCCGCUCCGCUCCUAUAAAGCGCCCCCGACGCCGCCGGCCGCAGGCGGCUGCAGGCGAGCGAGCGAGCGAGCGCCCCCCGGCCGCGCCAUGGGCGCCCCCCGGCCGUGCGUGUGCGUGUGGCACGGGCUCUCCUGCGCCUGGUUCGCCCUCGUCCUCCACCGAGCCUGCCUCCUGCCGCCGCUGCCCGUGGACCACCGGCCCGCCGACGUCGCCGCCUACGGGGGGCCCUGGAAGUUCCUCACCGUGCUCAACCUGCUUUUGCAGGCUAUUUUGUAUGGCGUCUCCUUGUUGGUUGAUGUGUUUACAUUAAUGAAGAAACAGGGAGCUGCCAAGUUCGUGCUCCCCUUCAGAGACUUGCUCUUUGGAUCCGUGGCUUUUCCUAUAUCCAUGUUUGUGUCCACAGCCUUUUGGAUGUUAUACCUUUAUGACCGACAGCUGAUUUAUCCCAAGAUCCUUGAUGGAAUCAUUCCUGUGUGGCUGAAUCAUGCUAUGCACACUUCGAUAUUUCCAUUUGCUUUGAUAGAACUCUGUUUUGUUCCUCGCCGUUAUCCAUCAAAGAGGAAAAGGCUCAGUUUGUUAGUAAUCACCUGUUUGGGCUAUAUCGCUUGGUCUGUGAAGAUUUACUCAGUAAUUGGAAGGUGGGCCUAUCCUAUUCUUGAUAGCCUGAGCCCACUCGGCAUAGCAGCCCUUUUCCUUGGGAGCUUUGGAAUGAUAGCAUUUUACUGUCAGCUGGGAGCGUUUCUCUGCCGCAUGAUUUGGGGUGAUACUGUAGUAAUAUUUGACACUUCUAAGAAGAAAAGCAAAUGA